GCCACUGCUUGGGAGAGGUAAGGAAAAAAAAAAAAAAAAACACUCUCCCUCCUCAAAUAUUGAAUUCAACUUCCAAUGGCGUCUCAGCCCCUAACCUUCCUAUUCCUACUCCUCCUCACCGCCUCCGUUCUCGAAUCUUCGACUUCUUUUGAACCCAAUAUCCGCCUCCCGACAACGGCAACGAUCGUUCCUCGAUCCGACAUUGAUGACGACCUUUACUGUGCCAGCUGGCAGUUAGCCGUCGAGACCAAUAACGCAGGAAGUUGGGCCGCAAUCCCCUCCCGAUGCGUUCCCUUCGUCAGAGAUUAUAUGACCGGUCAACGCUACGCUUCCGACUGCGAGGUCGUCGCUAAUUACUCCCUCGCUUACGCUUCCACCGUCAAGAUCGCAUCCGACGGCAAAGACGCCUGGGUCUUCGACGUCGACGAGACUUUGUUGACCAAUUUACCCUACUAUCGAGAUCACGGGUUCGGAUCAGAAAUUUUUAACGAGAGCUGUUGGGAUGAAUGGGUGGCAGAAGCCAAGGCCCCAGCUAUACCAUCGAGUUUGAAAUUGUAUAAUGGGUUGAAGCAGAUGAGGUUCAAAAUAUUUGUGCUUACCGGCCGGAGCGAACAUCAGAGGAAUGACACCAGAAAAAAUCUUGAGUUAGCUGGGUAUACUGGCUGGGAAGGGCUUAUCUUGAGGGGAGCCUCAGAUGGAGGGACGCCGGCGACCAUAUUCAAAUCAGAGAGGAGAUCAGUUCUGGUAAAUGAAGGUUACAGGAUUCAUGGGAAUUCUGGAGAUCAAUGGAGUGACUUGCUGGGUUUUGCAGUGGCUAAACGUUCCUUUAAGCUGCCAAAUCCAAUGUAUUACAUUGCCUAAACAAGCAAUCCUUUUGUUGUAAUUCUUCACUUCUAGCAUGCAAAUUUCAUGACUAGUUUAUCUUAAACAAGUGAUUUUUUUAAA